ACGCCGGCCGGGGGUCGCCGCAUGCCCGAAGGAAGGCAGCCGGGCUGCAAGCGGCCGUCGCUCCUUCGCUGCCCGCCGCCGCCGGGAGCAGCUCGAGCAGGAGCCGCCGCUGCAGGAGGAGGAGGAGGAGGAGGCGGGGGUGGCCCGCUCCAACCGCCCCCCACCGGGAGGCUGCGCUGCAGAUGGCCAGCCCGGCUCCAGCUCCGGCAGAGAAGCCGUCGCCGCCGCCGCAGCCCGAGCCCGCCUUGGCCGAAGCCCGCCGCUGGAUCGAGCAGGUCACAGGGAAAACAUUCGGCGAUAAACAUUUUCGACUGGGAUUAGAAAACGGCACACUUCUGUGUGAGUUGUUGAAUUCCAUCUUCCCCGGAUUGGUCAAAAAGAUCAACAGAUCGCCCACGCCCGUCGCAGGUCUGGACAACAUUGCCUUCUUCUUACGAGGUUGCAGGGAAGUGGGACUGAAAGAAUCUCAGCUGUUUGAUCCGGGAGACCUGCAGGAGACUUGCACAAGCCGAACGACAAUCAGGAAUCCUGACGGUGGCAGAAAGCUGAAAAAUGUUUUAGCCACCGUCUAUUGGCUGGGGAAAACGGCAAACAACAGCACUUACUUCAAUGGGCCAGCACUGGACCUGAAAAAAUUUGAAGGAUUGUUAACCCAGAUGAGAAAGCAGGACACAGAAGACGUGGAGAGCCCGAAGCGCAGCAUCCGCGACAGCGGCUACAUCGAUUGCUGGGACUCUGAGCGCAGCGAUUCCCUUUCUCCCCCGCGUCACGGCCGGGAUGACUCCUUUGACAGCCUGGAUUCCUUCGGAUCCCGCUCACAGCAGACGCCGUCUCCAGAUGUGGUGCUGAGAGGGAACAGCGAUGGAAGAGGAAGUGAUUCGGAGUCUGACCUGUCCCAUCGAAAGCAUCCAGACGUGAAGAAGGAUGACAUGUCUGCCAGGCGGACGUCUUACAGCGAGCCCAAAUCAGUUGUGCCUUUUAACCAAUACCUUCCCAACAAAAACAACCAGACUGCCUAUAUUCCGGCUCCACUCAGGAAGAAGAAAGCCGAACGAGAUGACUUCCGGAAGAGUUGGAGCACCAUGUCAUCCCCACUAGGAGGAGAGAGACCGUUCAGCAAACGCCAUCCCGAAACCAUCCAAGAGGAACCGCUGCCGCCACUUGGAGGGGACUUCACGAGCAGCAGGAUGACCAGUGCAUCCCCCUCCGCGAAGCCCGUGCAGACGGACAUGGCUCCAAAGAACCUUUUGCCUCAGUUUCUUCCCCAUUCUGGUAACCAAACAGCAGGGCCCCAAAAUGAGAAAAAUGGCUCAGAGCAAAUCAGGAAGCUGAGGAAGUUGGAACAGGCUGGUAUUAAAAUUAGACCAGCAUCUCACCGCGAUGACGGCAGUCCGAAACCCCUGGGUCGAGUGAACGAGCUCACCCGGGACAUCGUCCUCCGCAGAGAAAAUCCUUUUACGUGGUGCUAUCAGCCGAAAGAGGCGGACUCCGAGGAGGAAGGAGGCGAUAGGAUUCCCGACCUAGAGAAAGACGACUUUGCUGUACGCCGAGCGAGGCUCCACCGCCACGAACGGGCCUUGCCCUUCGCUCAUUUCCUCCUUCCUCCUGACGCAGACCAAGAUCGGAAGGGAAGGGAAGCAAGGAAGAAAAAUCGGGAAGGUCCCAGUGGGAAAAAGGUAACCGUGACUUCGACCAAGUCAGAGAUCGUGGGGGAAGACAAACCGAUUUUGCCGUCUGAGGAAGAAGCCAGAACAAAAAUUCCUGAGACCCAGAGUCACGAGCUGGCUAAGAAACAAAUCCAGGCUAGUCCUUCUCACGCAGGCUUUCUAAGUGGCGCGAAAACAUCGAUCACCCCAAAAGAUAAAGAGAUCUGGGAUCGACUGAAAGUUUCAGGGGAGAUGAGAGAAAUAAUACUGUCCCAUUCAGAAGGGUGUAAUUCCUCAGUCCAGGAUGCUUGCGCGGAUGCCCAGAGGCAACAACCUAGCGGUCUGGAUGAAUGGCAUGAAAAUAGCGAAGAAGAAUCGGAUGAUCGCUUGCCAGACCUUGAAAGAGAUGAUAUGAUGGUUAGAAGAUUCGGGACUUUUCCGAAAUCGAUUAGUUCUCUUCUCCCAGCUAGCCAAGUAGCGAUUUGUAAUUCUCCAUCGAAGCGCCAAAGAAAAGUGGCUGGUCAGAGUGAGCCGAAACUUCGGCAAAAAGCAGAAAAAACAGAAAGGUUAUUAAAUGUCUCGUUGCUUUGCGUGACGCCACCUGGUCACGGAGCACCUUCAUUUAUAUCAAAAGAUCAAAAUGAGCAGAAAAGGGAUCCAGAGCGUGAGAAGGUGGGAUUUCAGAAUCCGGAGAAAGGUGAUGUUAUGGUGAGAAGAACGGAAGGUCUUUCAAAGCAGGCUGAAUCAUGCGUCAGUCAGUUGAUUCCUGUUCAUUUCUCCAAGCAACACAACAGGGAGGAAGAGUUUAUAAGGACUGGACAGCAAGUGAAGAGCGUCCUUGCGACGGAUUCGGUAAGAGCUGAACCGUUUUGCGCAGAGAUCGCUCAAAGCGUUGCGACGCAGCCCGAGUACACACUGGAACACCACAGGCGUAGUGUGGCAGGCUUAGCACCAGAGGAUGUUGAUAAGAAUGUAUUGGACCCCAACAUAAUCCAGCCAGAGAUGCAGAAACGUCUCGGACUCAGUAGCAAACAACUGGCGACACGAGACGCUGACCCUUUGCAGAUAUCCGGCUGCCGAACCCCUGUGUCUGAUGAGGCAGAGAGCGUGAGCAUGUUCGACAUGAGAUGUCCAGACGAGGGUGCUGUGAAUCAACCUCACAGUAAAGCUCGCCAUGAAAAGCUUCAGAUCGUUCAUCACCAGCUGAAGGAAGACGAGGAUCAGUGGCAAGAUGAUUUAGCCCGGUGGAAAACCCGUCGUAGGAGUGCUUCCCAGGACUUGCUGAAAAAAGAAGCCGAGAGGAAGAAGAUGGAGCAGCUACUCAUUGGAGGAGAGGGAAACAGUGAGAGAAGGAAGAGCAUCAAGACGUAUCGAGAGAUUGUGGAGGAGAAGGAGAAGCGUGAAAGGGAACUUCACGAAGCCUACAAGAACGCCAGCUCUCAGGAAGAGGCGUACAAUAUACUCCAACAUUACAUCGAGAGGUUCACCAUUAGCGAAGCCGUCCUUGAACGCCUGGAGAUGCCAAAGCUUUUGGAAAGAAGCCAUUCCGCAGAGCCAAAUUCGCCCUCCUCGUCCAAGGGCCCCAAUCCCCUCCAAUACUUACGGCAGCAGUCGCUCCCGGCCCCAAAAUUCACUUCCACGUUUGAAGCCACCAUCACCCCCACCAGCGGAUCAGAUGGCAACACGCCCACCGGCUCCCCCUCCUCAAGCAGAGCCCCGGGCUCCAUGGCUGUGCCACUGGUGACGCCCAAGCCUUACGCCCAGCCGAAAGACACCCAGGAGAUUUUGAGAAACUUCAAGGUCGAGGGGAAGAUCACGGUGAAUGGAGAAGUGAGCAACGGAGUGGAAGGAGAGCCAGACAAGGAGUGCUCAGCCCUUCUGUUUGAACCUUCCCCCAGCCUUUCAACCAAGUCUGACCACGUGGUCGAACGGCCUGGUGGAUCCAUGGAGGGAAGCGCAGAUCCCACCACUCCUGAACUCAAUCAGAAGCGCUUAAUCGAACACGGUGUACGCAGAGAGCAAGUUGACUCCUUGAUGGAAGAACCUGAAACAGCCAGCCAAAAAGAGAGAACUGAUUCGGAAGAAAUGUUUCUGGCUCCAGACCUCACCGAAUCCAGCACCAAGUUUUCCUGUGCCAACCUCAUGGUGGCCCACAUGGAACUAUCUUCCGUCCACAACCAUCCCAACGAAAUAGAGUCAAACCGUGGCCUGAAUUCGACUCGGGAGCCCAAAAUGCUCGAAAGAGGAGAACAGAACGGUACAGAAGCUUCGGCUAGCCAGAAGGUCCAGAUAGAAACUUUGGAGGCUCCGAAACAAGGUGAAGACCUACUUUUGUCUCUUCUGAAGAAGCUCCCUGAGACAAGCCAAGGGGUUUUGCAGGACGUUCCCCUACAAGAUCAAAAAGCUGCCACUGAGAACAGGGACAUACCAAAUCGUUCAGCUUGCUGGACGUGGGACCCGGAAGAAGAACGUAGGCGCCAGGAGCGGUGGCAGCAGGAUCAAGAACGCCUCCUUCAGGAAAGGUAUCAGAAAGAGCAGGAGAAGUUGAAAAAAGAGUGGGAAAAAGCACAGAAAGAAGUUGAAGAAGAGGAGCGCAAAUAUUAUGAAGAGGAACGCAAGAUCCUUGAAGAUACCGUGGUUCCGUUCAUGCUGACCUCAAGCUCUGCAGAGCCCUUGUCUACAUCAUCUUCCUUGACUGAUGGCAACAGGACGAUGAAUUUGAUCGAUCUAAGUUACUCGGAAGAGGAUAAUAAGCAAAGCAAAGAGGCAAAACUGGAGACAUUAUUCGGUGAACAAGAUGGGGCGUCCUUCUCAAAAUACAAGGAAUAUCAACCACGGGAGGAGAUUGUGAGCACGGUGAAUAAGGAAGAAUAUCUAGAAGGCCUGAAAUGGAGACAAGCAGAUCAGGUUCCUAGCUCGGAAGGCAGAUCACCCAACAAAAUGUCUUUGCCGUUAUGUCCAGAUGUGCAGUGGACCCAGCCACUAGCAGCAGCGCAGACUCCUUCUCCAUCAGACAUCAGACAGAAGGAUUCACCACUGGGGUAUAAUUUAGGCCUGCCGGUCAGUUCCCCAAAAGAAAUGAAGAGGGCAGCUUCCCAAGGCAACUCCGGAACGGGGCCAUCGUCCCCACGUUCUCCUACCGUUCAAAGCCAGCCGUCCAACAGAUCCAUCAGUGGGAAAAAGCUCUGCUCCAGCUGUGGACACCCUCUUGGAAAAGGCGCUGCCAUGAUUAUCGAAUCGCUUGGUCUUUAUUUCCAUAUUCAGUGCUUCAGGUGUGGAAUGUGUAAGGGACAACUAGGGGACGCAGCCACUGGAAUGGACGUCCGGAUCAAAAAUGGCUUCCUGACCUGCAGUGAUUGUUACAACAAAUCCAGAACUGCUGGUCAGCCAACCACUUUGUGACCUGGAUCUCAGUUCCGCGUAAGAUGUUCUCCAAGGAAGAACCUCAUCCUUGGUGUCAUGAGGCCGCUCAGCACAAAUUGCUUGUAAGAGCUCAAAUCCACGGACUCGGUAGCUCUGGGUCUCUCCUUCUUUAAGCUAGGUCAAAAGGCUCAAAGGCCUCUUUCCUCAUGCAAUACAUCCUUUGAUUUCCCGAGGUCACUUAACGUCACACGUAUGAAGCCGGCUGGCUGCACAGUCUCGCACUUUCCCCUCCCAGCGAAGCCGCUUCCCAAAUUAUCGGUCACGCUUGGUUUUCACAUCUGAUAUUUUGAAAGGAAUGAAGAGGCAAUAGAUAGGUCCCUUCCGUUUUAAUUUUCCUAGAAGCGGAGAAAUGGUUAAGUUAACGUAAACUUUUGUAGACGUUCUCUAACAUGCCAAUAUAUUUACUUUUGUGUUGGACGGGAGCAGGUUGAAAAUCAGCAUCGUAGAAAAUCAACUUUUCUGUUUAUAACUAAAGAGGUAGCCUUUUUUUAAUACAGGCACAUUUGAUAAAACACAUUGUAAUUCUGAAACCUUUGCCUUUGGUGGAGUGUUAGAGGUAUCUAGUUCACCUCUCAAUAAAUUAUUGCGCCUUCAGCCAUGCAGUCUUUGAAAAUUUAAAAA